AUGAAUGCAUUAGAGUACUUUAUGACUCAUUUGAAGUAUGAGAAGAAUCUGAAGACUAAGGAAGUGAUUACUAAAAAAUGCAUGGAAUAUUUGAAGGAGAUAAGGGCCAUUCUUGAUAGUGGGGGGAGUGGGCCUGCCCCCAGUGAUGAUGCAACAAUUACUAGCCAACCAAAGACAAAGUCGAAGGGAGGAGUGGGGAAAGAUUCGGAGGACCUAGAGCAAGCAAAGCUGAGGGCUGGCCUUGAUACUGCGAAGUGGAGUGACGUGGCUGGACUUAAGAGUGCCAGACAGGCAUUGCAAGAGGAUGUGUAA